CCUGCGCGGGUGUGACCGUCACUUGGCCAGUGGAGUCCGAGACAAGGAGAGGUGUUCAGAGACGCAGUGCACUCAAAACACCGACGACAAGAGACAGUUGAGUGGACGCUCUGGAGAACAUGAAGCACCACGGGGACUUGGAGGUGGAGGUGGUGAGCGGCGAGAACUUGAUGGACAAAGACCACUUCCUUAAAUUCAUACUGAAGAAGGACGUGUCAGACGUGUGGACGUCCGUCAGCCUCGGCUCGACUCCCAUCCUCAUUACGGGUGUCAGGAAAGACGCCAUUGACACAGUGUGGGGAGAGCGAGUCACUAUUCCAGUCUGUGAUGCUGCAGACUACCUCGACAUCGCUGUUUGGGACGAGGACCUUGCAUGCAAGCAGUUGGUGGGGACAGGCCGCAUGCAGCUCGGUAGUCCUGACAUGGAGUGGGAGAAGCAGAGUGCUGUGCACCUCGAUGGAAAAGCAGGUACCAUCAACAUGAAGGUCAGGUACACCCCGGCGGCACAAGCACGCAGAGAAGGCAUUGAAGUGCCCGAUGCAUAUUUCCGGAUGCGCACGGGCGGUACCAUGACCUUUUACCAAGACGCUCACUCCGAAAAGAUCCCCGGCAUCACCACCACCCAGGACGGUGCUUUCGAAGCGAUAGGCAAUGCCAUUAGGGGUGCCAAAAAGUUCAUCUACAUCGCUGGCUGGAGUUUGUGGAGUGAGGUGCAGCUGUGGCGAGAUGGGCUGACACUUGGUGAGCUGCUGAAACAGAAGGCUCGUGAGGGCGUGCGUGUGUUACUCUUGAUCUGGGAUGAGAAGUUCUCGGUGGGUUGUUACCCAGGUUUCGUCGUCACAUAUGACGAGGACACUGAUCGCUACUUCAACAACACAGGCGUAUACGUAGAGAAAGUAACAAAAGAGAUCGACAUUAACUGCAAACUGAAAGAAGAAAUCGCUGAAGCCAUCUGGACGCACCACCAGAAAGUGAUUGUGGCGGAUGACGGACAGGGGGACCUUGUGGCGUUCUUCGGAGGCUUAGAUCUCACCAAGGGCCGCUGGGACACUACAAACCACGAGCUCUUUACAACACUGAAUAAGGAACACAAAGGAGACUUCUACAAUGGAUUUAUCAACGUGGAGGAAAGCUACGGACCACGGGAACCAUGGCAUGAUGUGCACGCGCGCCUCACGGGCCGCGCUGCCAUCGACCUGCUCAGGAACUUCGAGGAGAGAUGGAGAAGACAAGUGCCCGACAAGGCUUACCUGCUUGUCCAAACCCUCCAGGAAGACCUGCUGAGGGCACAGGAGGGCAAGAAACACCAGGGUACAGUGUGGCAAAUGCAGGUGGUGCGCUCGAUUGAUGGAAAUUCGGCGGAGUUUUGCAAUGAGCGUAUGGCUGCGCUGGACCAGAUUGAGAAGCUGGUGGUGGAUACAAGUCUGUACCGAGCCUACGUACGCCUCAUCAGGAAGGCAGAGAACUUCAUUUACAUAGAGAGUCAGUACUUCGUCGGAUCGGACAUGGCAUGGAGUCAGGAACAAAACGUCGGCGCAAGAAAUCUGUUGCCUCUGGAAAUUACACAACGCGUGGUGGAGAAGAUCCGUGCAGGCCAGGCAUUCCGAGUGUACGUGGUGCUGCCCAUGAUCCCCGAAGGUAACGUGAAGAGACCCAGCACCCAAGCAUUGAUCCAGACCAUCAUGCACUACCAGUUUCUAACCAUACAGAUGAUGUACAAGAGGAUAGCCCAAGCUCUGAGUGAGGCGGGGUCAGACCUGCACCCCACUGACUACUUGCUGUUCCUCUGUCUGGGCAAGAAGGAGUCCAGGGCGAGGGUGAGUGCGGCUUUGGGUGACCAGGGGCUACGGGAGGACAGCGAGGAGUGGGAGUGGCGGCAAAAGUCUCGCUUCCUCAUCUAUGUGCACUCCAAGAUGGCAAUUGCUGACGACACACACAUCAUCCUCGGCUCGGCAAACCUACACGAGCGUUCACUAGAUGGCUCCAGAGAUACUGAGGUGGCUGUGUCUGCCCGCCAGAUUGUGCUGAACAAGGACAAGACCGAGGGCGUGGCGGUCAGUGACGGCGAGGUGGCAAUGUUCCGCAAGCGUCUCUGGGCCGAGCACACCUGCGGCCUGUCCGAAAAGGAAAAACCUCUGCAGGAUCCAUCUUCACUCAACGCCAUCAGGAGAAUUAAAGAACUCGCGCAUGAAUCUUGGAAGUGCUUCCUCGAUGGUAAACCUGACGAGGAGACCAAGAAUCACUUCUUAACGUACCCGCUGCAGGUGACUGAGGACGGACAGGUGCAGCCCCAGCGCGCAAUGCCUAACAUCCCUGACUUUGACCUCCCCGUGCAGGGCAGCAAGUGGAGCCUGCCCAUAGUGCCGGUGCUCUAGGCUGAGGCUCGUCCGACGGACCGGCUGGCUUUGUGGCUCGACAGCUACGAGGACUUCGUACCUAAGCUCUAGUUUGAGAACUUGAAGUAUUACUAACGACAAAAUCAGUAGAGCUGUUGGACAAUGAAAUAAUUAAGUGCAUAACGUAACAACGAAGAAUACAUUGUUAUAAAGACGGCUCCAUACUUAAUGAAGGAGCCUUCCUACCCUUAUUCUUAGUUAUGGUGACAUGUCAACUCAAGAUAUUUAUGACUUUUUUUCUUUCCUCAACCCCACUCUAUAUCCACCUCAUCAUCCCAUAGAUGAUGGAUAGAUAGAUAGAUAGUUAGUUUACUGUCAACAAUAACAUCCCAAGUAAAUGUUAAGGAUGUCUUUAAUAAACAAUGACAACUCUAUAA